AUGCGCGGCGUGCCGCAGAUGUUUUGUUACAUCUUCCGCCAGUUUUCAGGACUGCCACCAACAACAAGGGUAAGGCAACAAGGGCAAGCAAGAACGAAGAAGAAGCGCUGUUGGGCCACUGUCAAGACACGAGCACAACAGCUCGUGAUGAUGUUGGUGCACGUGCUGGUGAAUGGACGGUUGUGGGACUGGGCCACGGCAGGCACGAGAAGAGGAACGCUGGUGCUUGUGAACAAUGUCAUUGCAGAUGUAGUUUGGGCAGGCGAUGGCGGAGAGACUGAGGGCAAAGCGGCUGCGGAAGAACUGGGCAAGCAGUGGGCAGAGCGGGUGAAGCUGCACGCUGCAGCUGGAACGCUGCACACCAUGAUCAGGGGACAAGGCCGGGAGAAGCUGGUGACGCAGGCCCACGAGAACGUUGCCAAGGCAGAGGGUGUUACUGACGCUGAAGCACAGCCGCAGCAAGCGGCACAGUGGAAGGUUGUGGACCUGGAAGGACGCACCGUCCUGCCUGGGUUGCAGGAUGCGCACCUGCACGUGAGCAUUCUUGGCGAGCGCGCGGAACGGAUCGACCUGGCACACUGCCGGUCCAUUGCAGAGGUUCAACAGGCCCUGCGCGAGGGCGUCCGCAGAAAGCCCGCGGGCACGUGGUGCAUCGGCUACGACUGGGACCACGAGAAGCUUGCCGAAGGACGCCCCUUGACCAGGCAAGAGCUGGACGAUGUGAGCACGGAGCACCCCGUCUUCGCGUUCCGCGUGUGCGUGCACGUUGGCGUCGGUAACACGCUGGCCCUGCAAAAGUGUGGAGUGCCCCUGGAGCGCCCAGCCAGCAUCAUGGACAUCCUCCCACCGGGCAUCACCCCAUCAUCGGCGGAGGCAGCAGACGACCUGGUCGGGUACAGCGAGGAGGACGGGCUGGCCACGGGUAUGCUGCGCGAGCACAUGUGCUACCACGUGGAGGACAUGCUGCGGAAAACGGCCACGUUUGAGCAGCGCCGCGCUCGCAUCGUGCGUGGUCUGCAGCAGUGCCUGCGCGUCGGCCUCACCGCCGUGCAGCCGAAUGACGCGCAUGCGUGGGACGUGUACACCGCGCUGCACGCUGAAGGCCAACUGCAGGUACGCGUGCACCUGACCAUUCCUUAUGAUGAGCUGCACACCCACGCCGAUGCACCAGAACGUCCAACGGCAACCUCAGACGACAUGCUCCGCUGUGAACGCGUCAAGGUCUUUGCAGACGGCAGCCUCGGCGCCAACACGGCUGCCCUCAGCCUUCCGUAUCGCUGCAAGCACCACCGCGCCACGAAGGGCAUCCUCAACUACACCCAGCCCACGCUCGAAACCAUGUUUUCCCGCGCAACGCGCAGCGGCUUUCAACUCGAGGUGCACGCCAUUGGCGACGAUGCUGCCCACAAGGUUGUGUCUGCGUUUGCAGAGUGCGGGCUCGGCCGGGAGCACCGUCCCAUCCUCACCCACUGCCAGGUCCUGCGGCAGGACGUGGUUGACGCAAUGGCGCAGCUGCAGGUCGUCGCAAACAUCCAGCCCAGCUUCGUGGUCACAGACGCGGCGUGGGUGAUGAAGCGCCUGCCGCCAGCGCUCCUCACCCACGCGUAUGUGUGGAGGACGCUGCUUAUGCGCGGCAUCCCCUGUGCGGGGGGGAGCGACACGCCUGUGGAGACCGUCAACCCGUUCCGCGGCAUGUACGACGCCAUGUACCGCAACGGCGGCCACGAGGCUGUUGGUGAUGGUGGUGAUGGUGACGGCGCGCGUGUGUUCAAGCCCGAGGAGCGGCUCUCGUUCACAGAGGCGCUGCACCUGUACACGCGCGGGGCGGCGUACGCUGGCCGUUGUGAGGACACGCGCGGGUGGCUGGCGCCCGGAUACGCAGCCGACCUCACCAUUGUGGAACACGACGUCUCGCGCGAGCCCCAUCGCAUGCGCAACAUGCUCCCGUACCAAGUCUGGGUGGCCGGCACACCCAGGCUCUGAUUGUGUUUGUUUGUUUGUUUGUUUGCUUGCUUGCUUGUUUCUUGCUUGUUUGUUUGUUUGUUUGUUCGUUUGUUCGUUGCUGGGUGUGG